UCAGCCAGGCCACCCAGCCAGACACCUCGUAGCGCAGGGGAGAGUUCCAGAGAGAGCCUCGUCCAGUCGCUGCUCUGGGGGCUUCUGUGCACGUUGCUGCCACUGCAGGCCCGAGAUGCCAGCUGUCCAGCUGCUGCUGCUGGCCUGUCUGGUAUGGGGUGUGGGUGCCAGGACAGCCCAGUUCCGGAAGGCCAACGACCAGAGUGGCCGAUGCCAGUACACCUUCAGUGUGGCUGGCCCCGAUGAGUCCGGCUGCCCCGAGCAGGGCCAGGCCAUGUCAGCCAUCCAGGACCUGCAGAGAGACGGCCGUGAACAGCGCGCGGCCAUGGAGUCCACCAAAGCCCGGCUCAGCUCCCUGGAGGACCUCCUCCACCGCCUGACCUUGGGCCAGGCUGCCGCGCCCUGGGAUACCCAGGAGGGGCGGCCGCAGACGGAGCUGGAGUUAGCCUACAGCAACCUCGUCCGUGACAAGUCAGCUCUGGAGGAGGAGAAGAGACGACUGGAGGCAGAGAACAGGGAUCUGGCCAGGAGGUUGGAAAGCAGUAGCAAGGAGGUAGCGAGGCUGAGGAGGGGCCAGUGUCCCCAGGCCCGCAGCACCUCUGAGGACGUGCCACCAGGCUCCAAGGAAGUUUCUAAAUGGAAUUUGGAGAACGUGGACUUUCAGGAAUUGAAGUCAGAGUUAACUGAGGUUCCUGCUUCCCUAAUCUUGAAGGAGAGUCCAUCCGGUCAUCCCAGGAGUGAAGAGGGAGGCACUGGAUGUGGAGAACUCAUUUGGGUAGGAGAACCUGUCACUCUGAGAACAGCUGAAACACUCACGGGCAAGUACGGCGUGUGGAUGAGAGACCCCCAGGCCGCCUACCCCUAUACCCAGGAGACCACGUGGAGAAUUGACACAGUGGGCACAGACGUCCGCCAGGUUUAUGAGUAUGACCUCAUCAGCCAAUUCCUGCAGGGCUACCCUUCCAAGGUGCACGUGCUGCCCAGGCCGCUGGAAAGCACAGGCGCCGUGGUGUACCAGGGCAGCCUCUACUUCCAGGGGGCGGAGUCCAGAACGGUGAUCAGAUACGAGCUGUACACCGAGACGCUGAAGGCUGAGAAGGAAAUCCCUGGAGCUGGCUACCACGGGCAGUUCCCCUAUUCCUGGGGCGGCUACACAGACAUCGACCUGGCAGUAGAUGAGACAGGCCUCUGGGUCAUCUACAGCACUGAGGCGGCCAAAGGUGCCAUUGUCCUCUCCAAGCUGAACCCAGAGAAUCUGGAGCUGGAACAAACCUGGGAGACUAACAUCCGUAAGCAGUCGGUCGCCAACGCCUUCAUCAUCUGCAGCACCUUGUAUACCAUCAGCAGCUAUUCACUGCCUGAUGCUACUGUCAACUUUGCAUAUGACACCGGCACCGGUAGCAGCAAAGCCCUGACGGUCCCAUUCAAGAACCGCUACAAGUACAGCAGCAUGAUCGACUACAACCCCCUGGAGAAGAAGCUCUUUGCCUGGGACAACUUCAACAUGGUCACCUAUGACAUCAGGCUCUCCCAGAUGUGAAAAGCUGCCAAGCGCUAGCAGAAAAGGCAGAAGGAAAUGAUGUUGAGGGUUACUGAGGGGAAAGCCAGCCAGCCAGCCCAUGCCCAUGCAGCUUUUCUAGCUUUCCAAGCUUGCGUUAACCCAGAGGAAUGUGCAUGGUCACCAUGUCCAACUGGGCAGGAAUAACAGUCUGGGGAUUUAGAUGAUUCCACAUUAUAAUAGAUAUUCUUUUCUUCUGUCAGCUUUUAAAGGGAUAUUUAACCAAAACAGUUUAAGUUUUCUGGUGAUUUGAGGCAAAAGCUAUAAUGCGUAGUAGUUUCUUCAUGAAAACCACAAAGCUUUUAAUAAAUGGCCCUCAAUGGCUAAAUAACAUAUGUUUGGAGAAUAGUUUGGGAAAAACAUGUUUCCCCUCGUGGAACCUGUUCCAUGCAUCGCCUGCUCUUGCAUGUUGCCUGGUUACCAUGAGCUAUAAUAACAAGCAGCACUUCUAAAGGCAGAGGAACAGCUUUGCAGCAGCGCUGAACAUAUAUAAAAUGUGUUUACUACAGUUGGCUUCUAAUGCUUCAGGUGGGAUCCAGCUGGAUAUUACAGCAACUUUGCCCCGUGAAAUAAAAUAA